AAAACGCAAUAACGAACAAAAAAUAUAUAUCAGCAGAUUUUAAAAUACCACCUUAUGUACACCACCUUUUAUAAACUCACCUUGCACACCAUCAAAUGUGAAUGCGCCUUUACUACCACCUUGUAUGAACUCGCCCUGCAACCAUUUGUUUUGUUUUUCUUCUAUUCCACGUUUUUUUUAUUUUUGUAAGGAAUUUAUUAAAAAACAUUAAUAAAAUCAAUGGAUUUUGCUCGUAAAAUCCUAUUAAAUUAUGGCUGGAAAGAUGGUGAUGGUUUGGGAAAAAACAAAGAUGGCAUUGCUAAACCCUUAAGGGCCACAUUAAAAUUUGAUAAUGCUGGUUUUGGUGCUGAUCAGGCAGCAGCGGAUUUUAAUAACCACUGGUGGGAGCGGGUAUUUAAUGAAGCUGCUACGAAUGUAAAUGUUCAAAAAGAAGGAGAACAAAUAAAAAUGGAUUUAAAAAAUGAUGAAGAUGGCGUUGAAAUUUCCACUAAAGGAUACUCUAUAAAAAAGCUGAAAAAAUUAAAAAACAACAGAGGCGAAGGCAAUGAAAUGAAGUCUGGUUACGACAACUUCCUGCAGGCAGCAACUUUAACUAAUCUGGGUGAUGAAGUUGAAAAUCCUGAUAAAAUUGAUGUUAAUGAUAUAGAGGUCUCUAAGGUAAAAGUCUUAACGGAUGAGGAAUUAUUUAAAGCAUGUGGAGGUAGAACUGCUCACAAAGGAGCUAGACAUGGUUUAAAACUAAGUGGUAAACUAUCACGAAUUGAACAACAGGAAGCUGAAUUGUUGGCUAAGAUGAUGGCAAAGCGUAAUGGAACUAGUGAAGAUAAGCAAGAAAAUAAGCAGAAAAAAACCACAGAGGAAAAAAAGAAAAAAAAUAAAACACUGGAAGAACCUGAAUUAGAAUAUCAAGAUGAUGUUAACAAAAAGAAAAAGAAACGAAAACAUUUUGAAGCAUUAGCUUCUGAAGAAGCACAAGAAUUAAACACGAAAGAAUUAACUAAUAAAAAGUCUAAGAAGAAGAAAAAUAAAGAUUCAGAAUUAGAAACUAAUACGAUAGAACAUACAGAGGUGAAUGCUAUGGAAGCCAGUGAUGACUUAAAACCUCUAAAAAAGAAGAAAAAGAAAAAUAAAGAAAAAACUUUGGAAGAUAAAGUGGAACAUGAAGUUGUACAUAAAAAGAAAAAAAGCAAAAAUAAAAAUAAAGAUAUUGAAUGAAACUUUUACUUUUAAGUCAAUA